GAUCUAAAAUGUGAAAAAAUUGCAACACAUCAGUUUCCCAUUCAUAUAUGCUUUUAAUGAUGAUUGUUUAGAUAAUAUGUUCGUUUGUACCAUAUAUAUAAAAUGAGAUGCUGAAUGUAGUCUGGUCAAUCGAAAGGUUUAGUGGUUCAGUGAACAUUGGAAGAUUUUUUUUAUUUUUUUUUUGUGUCCACAAUGGAAGUUCCAUUAAUUUUACUGUGUGCUGUAUUAAUAGUGUGUGCGUUUCCGGUGGCCCACGGCGGAAAUGAUCUCAACGGUGAAGAAAAUGAUAUGACAAUAGUUGAGUCGGCACCAUCUAGAAGCAAUAUAUUGGUUCACAACACAUUCCACUUACCACCGAUGGAUCAAACAUUCCAUAUACCACCAAUGGAUCAAAUGAGAUCACCAGAAAUGAUUGAAGAAUCGGAAUUUACAGAUCCUACGAUAAUACGGAAACCAGUUAACGAUCACUACAGCUUUCAUUCUGAUGGUAUGAGAAUGUUGGAGGGCAAAAUCGAUUUUUUGGUCAAAAGCAAUCAUCAUAUAUUGAGCAUCCUGAACGCUUUGGAAUACAGAAUCAAUCAGACCUUAGAUCCAACUAACCGAUUUGAUAUACGAUCCACUAAGCAACCGAGUAGUACUAUCGAUCUGAUGGACAAUCUUGAGGUAAUGAACUUGUUGAACAAUAUUCAUCAGUUCAUCAUCUCGUCGAAUAGCAAAACCAAACAGUCGGACAUUUUGGAAGCGGAUCAGAUUCAAGUCAUUAAAGAUUUUGUUUCGGUAAUUGAAAGCGAAAGGAAAAGUACCGGACAUGCAACACCGUCGACGCCUAGCUCUGUUAAUCAGGUGCUCGCAAACAGUUGGAAAACAAUUCAAUAUUUGGAGAAGGUAUCUGGAACAGUUCAAGACAUCGACGAACGUACGGUUCGUAUGUUUGAUAAAUCUUGCCGCCAAGAUCAAAAAUUAACAUAUGACAACCGAUAUGAUGAUUGUAUCUGUGAUAACGGUUCGGUUGGCAGAAAACAAUAUGAAAAUGGUCGAUACGAAAGGACGUAUGGCAGUAUGAAAAGGGAUACCAGUCGAGUGAUUUUCGAACCAAACAAAUACAACUGCCACGACCUUCAAAUACGAAGAAACGGAAUCUACAAAUUUGCCUCGCUGGACGAGGUGAGUAAUGAAGCGGGUCGCUUUCUGUACGAACGGUAUUGCGAUUUUAGUACAGCCGGCGGUGCAUGGACCGUUAUUCAGCGGCGUUUUAUGAACGAACAACAAGAAAAUUUCAACAGAAGCUGGCUAGACUAUAAGCUUGGCUUCGGCGAUUUGGACAAAGAAUUUUGGUUCGGCAACGAUUUCAUCCACAAGCUAACAUUCGACGAAGACGUCGAGUUGCGUGUGGUUUUAGAAGAUGCUCGUGGCAGAAAAGGAUGGGCCGAAUAUUCCCUGUUCAAAGUUGACUCCGAAGAAUAUAAUUACAAUUUGAUAAUUGGCGGCUACCGUGGCACUAUUCAAGAUGGUCUGCUGUAUCACAACGAUCAGGAGUUUAGUACGUACGAUCGGCAGAAUGACAAUAAUGAAAAUGUGUCCUGUGCGUCGUCGUAUGGAAACGGAUGGUGGUUCAAUAAUUGUACGCAAGCAGUCAGUGGAGACUACAGGGGUAUCACAUGGGAGAAUUGGCUGGGCAGUAAUUUCUUGAAGUCGUCCAAAAUGAUGAUUCGACCAAAAGGUUUGUGGAGCAACAGUGAUAGCAGUGAGGAGGGGUACAUUUAUACCAGUAAUGGAAUGGAUCCUUAGACGCGGUGAUGGAAUGGAGGGUAAUUUAUUGUACUUUAGUUUUAUAUAUGAUGAGUAGCAGGGUUAGUGUCCGUGUAUGUAUUGAUGGUCGGCGGUUAAUAAAGACUUUAGAGAAGUAAAAA